AUGACUGAAGUUGAUUUAGGACAUACCGCCGAAGAUACUGGUGGAUUGGUUCAGAAUGAUGAUAAAGUGGAAAUUGUGGUUACAGGGACUCCAGAAUCUGUAGAAAAAUCGCCAGAACAUGGGAUUUCUGAUACUGUGGAUGUAAGUAAGGUAGACAUGUCAAAGGAAGAUAUGAUCAGGGAAAUUAAUAAGUUGAAGGCAUCGAUAUCAUCAUUGGCUUCUAAUAUAAGAGACACAAGACACGUAGUGGAGAGAUAUAAUAAUGAUAAUCAAUAUUUACAAGAUUAUGUAGGGACUUUGAUGAAAAAUAAUGACUUAAAGAAAUAG